ACUCUCUCCCCUCCCUCGCCGCUCAAGCAACAGAGUCGCACACAGUGAGUCAGGCUCAGAGGCACACCCGCGUCGAAUCGAAAGCAGCAUCAGCAGCCGCCGCCGAGGAGGAUGAAGGUGGAGGUGGUGGAGACGACGCUGGUGCCGCCGAGCGAGGCGACGCCGCGGCACGCGCUGUGGCUCUCCAACCUCGACCUGGCGGUGCCCAAGACCCACACGCCGCUCGUCUACUACUACCCCAAGCCCGCCGCCGGCGACGCCGAGGAAGGCCCCCCUUUCUUCGACCCGGCGCGGCUGCGGGACGCGCUGGCCCGGGCGCUGGUGCCCUUCUACCCGCUGGCGGGGCGGCUGGCGUCCGGCCCGGGCGGCCGGAUCGAGAUCGACUGCACGGGCGAGGGCGCGCUCUUCUCUGUCGCCCGCGCCGACUUCGCCGGCGACGAGGUGUUCCGGGACUUCGAGCCGUCCCCCGAGGCGCGCCGCCUCCUCGUGCCCUUCGCCGAGUCCGGCGAGCCGCCCUGCGUGCUCGCCAUGGUCCAGGUGACCUUCCUCAAGUGCGGCGGCGUCACGGUGGGCACGGGCAUGCACCACGUGACGAUGGACGGCGCCGGCGCGUUCCAGUUCAUCCGGGCGUGGACGGCGCUGGCGCGCGGGGAGGCCCCGCCCGCGCCGCCGCCGUUCCACGACCGGACCCUCCUCCGGGCGCGCUCCCCGCCGCGCGUCCCCUUCGAGCACCCGGUCUACUCCCCGUGCUACCUCAACGGCGCGCCGCGGCCCUUCGCGACGCGCGUCUACGCCGUCCCGCCCAAGCUCCUGGCGGGCAUCCGGGCGCAGUGCGCGCCGGAGGCGUCCACCUACUGCGCGGUGACCGCGCACCUGUGGCGCGCCAUGUGCGUCGCCAGGGGCCUCCCUCCCGACGCCGACACGCGGCUCCGCGUGCCGGCCAACGUCCGGCAGCGCCUCCGCCCGCCGCUGCCGGCGGCCUACUUCGGGAACGCCAUCGUGCGGGACCUGGUGACGGUGAGGGUCGGGGACGUGCUGUCGCGGCCGCUGGGGUUCGUGGCGGAGCGGAUCAAGCGCGCGGUGUCCCGCGUGGACGACGCCUUCGUGCGCUCCGUGGUCGACUACCUGGAGCUGGAAUCCGAGAAGGGCAGCCAGGCGGCGCGCGGGCAGUUCAUGCCGGAGUCGGACCUGUGGGUGGUCAGCUGGCUGGGGAUGCCCAUCUACGACGCCGACUUCGGGUGGGGCCGCCCGGGGUUCGUCGCGCCGGCGCAGAUGUUCGGCAGCGGCACCGCGUACGUGACGCAGGGCCCCGACAAGGACGACCCCAUCAACGUGCUCUUCGCGCUCGAGCCUGAGUACCUGCAGACCUUCGAGAAGGCCUUCUACGGGGAGUGAUGACCGCCGGCCGGCGAGCUGCCGUCGCGAGGCUUGGUAGAGGACGAGGAGUAGGAGAGCCAGCCUUUUCAGUGCUGCGACGUGAUGCCGUGGUGUGGUGGUGACUUCGUCGGGUUCGUUUGGGGUCGGUGUGCCAAGCUGCUGCUGGUGUCUGUACCAUAUUAGUUACCAGCAUGUGUUGGAGAUGGCUACUGCAUAGGGGCACAUGCUUACUGGUGACACUGCCGUCUUGGGUGUCUGUAUAAGUGUGAUAAGGUGCUUGGUUCCGGCUUCCUAGUACCCCAAGUCACCAAACACGUUCUGUGCAAGUGUCUGUAUAGAGGAAAACAAAAAAGUAUGAAAAUGCAUGGCUGGAUCUGAAGGAGUUGUGCUGCUU